UAAAGCCACCGCCAACGCUCAGACUUCUGAGGUUUACAGCUAGCAAACAUUACCUUCUUCGGUAGCGUCGGAAUCAGACGAUAUUUGGUUUGCACUAGAUUCGGUUCUAUGUCAGUCACUUCUACAAACCACCGGUACCUGAACUAACGUCACUUUACCGUAAUAACAAGUCACGAGUGUUUAUGCCGUAAUGUUGCAAACGUAGUUUGAGAACCUUCCUGAAGAUCAGAAAGCUGUUCUUCUUAUCAGAGCUCUUUUCUGACCAGCUGGCCAGUGUCAGCAGCUCUGAUGGAGACGGAUGAUGAGCUCGAGAACCUGAUCAGGGAGCAGAAGGCCAGAGUAGCUGAGGACAGAGCCCGGCUGGAGCAGGACCCACCGUACAUGGAAAUGAAGGCCAGUCUCCACAGAGGCUUUGAGUCCACUGUGAAGGAGAACAUUCCCCCGAACUCUGUUCCACAUGGUGAAGAAGAGAGCUGCAGUCUGGGACUUCCUCUGGGGGUGGAGUACGAGAGGAAGAAACAGAGACUGCAGCACGAGCUGCGCAUGGAUUACCAGCAGUACUUGGCUCAGCCGGGCUCUUCACAGAUCAGCGCAGGCCGCCACAAGCUGCUGCCACCUGCUGGUCAACAAGGACAACAGGUGCUCCUGGCUCACAGGUAUCGCAGCAGAGUGGGUGGGGGGCAGGUGGAGGGUCAGUCAGAGGAGGAUGAAUGCUCCGACAUGGUGAAUCUAACGGAGGAGAGAAUGAAGAGGAGUGACAACGCACAGAAGAAGAGAGUGUUCAUGAAGACUGACGGCAGAGACAGGGGGAGACCUCUGAACAGAAGUGACGACGCUGAGUUCACCACCGGCCUGAUCAUAGGAGAAGCUGAUACAGAGGAGACGCUGCGACGGAAGAAGGAACAAUACAGACGGGAACUGCAGCAGCAAAUAGCUGAGCAGCACAGGAACAGGAAGAGGGAGAAAGAGCUGGAGCUGAGGGUCGCUGCCACGGGAGCAAAUGACCCUGAGAAGAAGCCGGACCGAAUCAGACAGUUUGGACUCGGCCGCAGAAAAACCCCUCAGGUGUCACACGGUUCAUCAGCUGCAGCAGAGAGUGUGUCCUUCAGAGGCCCAGCUCAGGACCAGAGGAGCACAGAACCUCCUCCUCCUCCUCCUCCUCCUCAGCAGCCUCUGGUUGCCUUCCAGUCUCCCCUGCUGGAGUACAGCUCUGCUCUGGGUCUGGGUCUGUCUCCCAACAGCCACCCUGCGGCCCUGCCCCCCAGCAGACUCCCUGCCUUCCCCCCACACCCUCCCCCAUCUCUUAGUGACACUUACAGAAACUUCUACCCUGAACCUCAUUACUGCCCCCCGGGCCCCCCACCAUCCCUGCUUCACCGCUCCGUCGUGUUCCCACCGUUCACUCAGACGUCGUUUCUUUGUGCAGGCGCUCAUUUGUCGGUUCCUUGUGCCGGCCUUCCCAUGUCCUGCUGGAGUGUGGCACCAGGUGGCGCUGUGCCCAGUCAGCUCAGUAACCACAGCCCCAACAGUCAGUACAGCGUGGGCAGCUUCCUGCCUGAUCAGCCGACACAAAAUGAGGCUCCUGAAACCAGAGCCUUCCCUUCAGAGAGAUCGCGAUCUGCACGAGAACGGAACCAGAACUACAGAGACGGCCUCAAAGAACAGGAAGAUUCUAGAAGGUGGAACAUGGAGAUGUACGUGAAGAUCCGGGAGAGACAGGAGAGGAAACGGCUGGAGAGGGAGGAGAGGGAGAGAUACGAGGCCCAGCUGGAGGCUGACAUGAGGAAUCACCAGCCCUGGGGUCGAGGCGGGGGGGGGGCUCCCCUCAAGGACAGCACAGGGAAUCUCCUUGCUGACCUCAACCAGAUGCACAAACUUAACGAAGAGGCCUACAUCAACCCAGAGCAGUGGCAGAGGAGAACCAUGGAACGACAGCCCCCGCCACCCGACCCCACCGAGAGAGUGUCUGGUUUCACAUGUGUCCAAACCCCACAGUUUGCCAGAGGGAACGUGUUUGCUAACCAGCCCAGCCAGCAGCAGCUGCAGCAGCAGGACAAGUACAAGGCCUACCUCAAACAACAGAUUGAGGAGAAGUUACUCAAAAAAGCAGAAGAGAGAGAGCGGACCAGACUGGAGGAGGAGAAGGAGGAGAAACGGCUGGCGGAGCAGAGGGCUCGCAUCCAGCGGGAGUUUGAGGAGGAGCAGGAGAAGAGGAGGCAGAAGGAGCUGGAGCAAAAGGCCAAGAAUGAGGAGCUGAUUCAACUGGCUGAGGAGAGGAGGAAGGAGGCAGAGAGGAAGAAGAAGGAGGCAGAAGAGAAGGAGAAGGAGGAGCUGAGGAGACAGUACGAGAAGGAGAGUCGAGCUCAGGUGGAGGAGGUCCACAGGAGUCCUUCCCCCCCGAUCCCCACUCUGCUGAAGAAACGUGGACCACACCCGUUGACCCAACGACCCCCCACAGUUGAGAGUCAGCGCUCUACUGCCCCCCUCUCUGAACGUUCUCUGUCUGGUCUUCAGUCUCCUCCUCCUCCUGCUCCAACAGCCCAGCUCAGAGCUGCAGGAGACCAGUGGGACAUGUUCAGUGAACUGUCAGCUCUGCGCCGACAGCUUCGCACUGAACAGAAGCGGCUGGAGAGCCGACUGCAGCACGGUGGCUGGGAGGAUCUGGACUCUCCUCUGAGUGACAGGCAUCAGGAGCACCACCUGGUGGACGUGUUCGACAUGGCCCGUCUCAGGCUCCAGGCUCCGGUCCGAAGGCCCAGCUCCAGAAAUAUGGAACCCAAAAACCUGCUGCAAAUCCACGACUCACUCCAGCUCAAACAUGAAGAUCCUAAGUCCAGGGCGGGCUCCACUCAGGUUCUGACGCUGGAAGAGAUGGGCGUGGCCAACAUAAGAAGGCCGGACUACAGGAGUACAAGUCAGCAGGCCAGCAGAGGGAGACAAACAGCUGAGGACGAUUUUUUUGACUUGUCCCAACCACGAGAACAGGAACGUCUGAGGAGGACGACCAGACGACAUCAGUCCAGAGGUUCUCUGCUGGAGUCAGAGAGUGAGUUCAUCGAUCCUCUCGGCCACUCCUUCCCUGUGCCCUGUACUCCAGAGUACGUGACGACAACUCAGCUUUCUGCCAGAGAGAGGCGCCGUCUGGUCAAACAGUCACAGCUUCCUCAGGAUGGAGCUGCCUCCAGUCAGUUCACCACAGACAGACGUGACAACAGCUCAGGAUCUCUGGUCCAGACUCGUGGAGACCCAGAUCCUCCCAGAUUUUCUUCUCACAGUGUUGACAACAACGUCUCAACAGAAUCUGCUGUCACUGACUCUUGGUUGCGACCCGGAACAUCGGACACCCUGAAAUGUUUAAAACCUCUGUCCAGGAGGGGGCGCACAUCAGCAGCAGCAGCAGCAGCGUUCUUCUAACACUGCUGGUCCAGGUGUUGAUGUGGAUCAGUGUCAGCUGACAGACCGUGUGUCAACGUCUGAACAUGGUUUAUAUUUAUAUUUAUAUUUAUAUUUGGUCGUGGACUGUUGGCACCAGUCAACGUCUGCUGGUUAGUUGUUGACUAAUGAUG